GAGCCGCAGUUCACCCAGGUGGGACAGAACGUGCGUGGUUAGAGAGACUCAGCUUUUGAAAUAAGUAUUUAAAAAAAAGGUGAAAGAUGUCGGAGGCGAAGAAGUUAAACCAAAAUAUGGAAAAUAAGUCAUAGCUCUUUUAACGCAAACCUGACACAUAGUUUGUUUAAAGUUCCUUGGUCUCCACAAUGUUGUUGUUGUAACGGGUACCUAAUCCCCGUUAGGAUGGUAAGGAUUAUCUACGUUGUCGUUGACGUCAUCCAACGGUAGGCAAAAGAAACAUGUUGUUUCGACGGGGUCGGACCAAAGGUAAUGGGGUGUCGGAUGAGUGGGGUUUGUGGGGCAUGCAAAGAGGUGGCCAUUGUUAUGCGGAAACUCAUUGCACGCAGGACACAUAUUAGAUAUGUCGGAGUUUAACCUGCUACAUCACCGAGAACGAAGCUGCCCAAUUCCCAUACCAGCCAAUUCUACGCACCGAAAUUGACCCGGAUUUCUUUCGGCCAAGGGCUGUUAUUUCGGAGAUCUAACCCCGUUUAGAUCGGUAAAUCUUAGUUUAAGCUUGGCUUAGUCUGCACUCUGAUCCCAGAUGCUUGGGUGACCGUUUCUCCUUGAUGUUAUCGAACGUUUGAUGGAUUUUAUGAGAGAUUUUGCCAUGUUGACAAAUAUGUCUUUGGCAUUUCUUGCCGAGGUCAACAAUAUAAAAAAACGACUACUUUCAUGGCGCUGAGAUCCAACCUAUGUAUAUACAUAAGUCUUGCAUAGUGGUAGGACACAGUAGAAAUCGCUAAACCAAUUUGAGUGCUAAACUUUGGGCUACAAAAGAGGUACACGACUUGGAAGAUCGCAUCGCACAAAGAGCUCAAGUAUUUAGCAAGAAGAGCGGAAGAGCUUCGCGGAUUGCAAAAACACUUACGUAAUGAUGUUGGGUAUGAAUGAUCACUAUGAAUCAUGAUGAGUAAAUAUUUUCGGAGAAAAAUUAGUCUCAGUGCUGAAACGCCCCCUUUUGUUGAAAGAAUCUCGAAAUACCGUAUGUUUGUGGUAAACAUGAAAAUGAUAAAGAAGCAGGGAAUUAAAAAUGAGAAUCCCACAAUAAGGAAAUACAACCAGCGGUUAUUUUGGGUCGAAACUGCCGAUGUUACAAUAUAACUGUAAAUUAUUAUGAACUCACGUGUGAUUAAAUAAGGCUGUAUUUGCAAAAAGUGAAGAUAACAAAGAUAUACACACAUACAUACAUACAUGUGGGCAUAUGUAUGAGUAUACCGCAGUGCUUCUCUAUAACCAUCGAUAUAUGUAUGUAUGUAUGAAAUCGAAAAGGCUUUGAUGAUAAGUUGUGUGAACAGCCGUACACACCUCCUUAUCGCUUUGAAAUGCAGAAAUAUGUUUGAAUGUAUAUACAUAUAUACAGUAAUAUGUGUAUUAAUUGGCAUCGAAUGUGGCUUGCAGAACUCCUGUUGAAGAAUGUAAAUAAAAGACUUUACAUUCAAAUUGGUUCGAUGUCAGUUGAUGUGGGCACCCGGUCGCGUCAAGACGUGCAACACUCGUGGAAUUGCCAUUCGAUUUCGAAAAUAUACCGUUAUUAUUUUUAAUUGUUGUUGUUGGUGUAGUCUUAGUAAACAUGUCACAGGAGUACAGUGUUAGUGAGGUGGCACAGAACAACGGUCGCGAUGGCAAGCCUGUGUGGAUUAUUUACAAAGAGAGCGUCUACGACGUGACGACCUUCAUAAACGAACAUCCGGGUGGUGCAGAGUCCAUACUCGAAUAUGCGGGUAAAGACGCCACAAAAGCCUUCAAUCAAGUUGGUCAUUCCUCCGACGCCAUUAAGGAAAUGAAGUCGUACAAAAUAGGCGUGAUUAGAAAAGAGGGUAUGCAAAUACUCAGCACCCAGCCGACAUCCGCAGACAUUGGUCUAAAUGAGAAACAGAAACAACCGCAAGAAAACUGUUCCGGCUCGGAAAAGAAACGAAUUAAAUUUUUCUUUUGUUUUUGAAUAAAAAAAGGCGAUCAAUUUGGGAGAGUUUGCCUGACUGUGAUUAAACUGAAUUCACUCAUACUAAGUCAUAUUCAUAUCGAAACAUUUACGUCGGAUCGCACGAAUUCGUGCAGGGCGAGGUGCAAAUGUGCGAAUUGAAGACGCAAAGGAGUAAAAUUAAAAAUUUGUUAUUUAUUAGCUUCACUUACAUUAUAUAAUGUGGUUUGAAUUCGUACUUAUGUACAUAAUAUAAUUAAAUAUAGUUUACGUUACAAGUUAAAAAUUAAUUUAUUGUAUUUAGUUAAUAAGUGUAAAAUGCCAAUAAAUACACAUUAUAAUACACUUAAUAAUUAUA